AUGGAGCCCCGUGAACUGAGCUCACUCCCCGCCGAGCUGCUUUAUCGCAUUGUCGAGCAGCUCGAUGUCUGUUACGAUAGGAAAUGGCUCUGCAACCUUAGUCGCACGUCAAAGCUUCUCCGUCCUACUGCGCAACCUCAUCUCUUCAGUCGUUUAGACCUACAAGGUCUAGAUUCUUGCCACUGGGGACACUUGUUGGAAAACUGGAAAGAGCUUCACAAAGACAAACACGAAGAUAACGAAAAUGGAACCGAAGGAAACGAAGCCGAAGAAGACGAGGACGAAGUCUGGGAAGACGAAGACGAAGACGCCGAAGAAGAAGACAACGAAGAAGACAACGAAGACGAAGACGAAGACGAAGACGAAGACGAAGACGAAGACGAAGACGAAGACGAAGACGACGACGACUAG